AUGAACCUGCCUCCCGACAAGGCCCGGCUCCUGCGGCAGUAUGACAAUGAGAAGAAGUGGGAUCUGAUCUGUGACCAGGAACGCUUCCAGGUGAAGAAUCCCCCCCACACAUACAUCCAAAAACUCCAGAGCUUCUUGGACCCCAGCGUCACUCGGAAGAAGUUCAGGAGGAGGGUGCAGGAGUCCACCAAAGUCCUGCGGGAGCUGGAGAUCUCACUUCGAACCAACCACAUUGGGUGGGUGCGGGAGUUUCUGAACGAUGAGAACAAAGGCCUGGAUGUGCUGGUGGAUUACCUGUCUUUUGCCCAGUGUUCUGUCAUGUUUGACUUUGAGGGUCUGGAGAGCAGUGACGACGGUGCGUUUGACAAGCUCCGGUCCUGGAGCAGGUCCAUCGAGGACCUACAGCCGCCCAGCGCCCUGUCGGCCCCCUUCACCAACAGCCUUGCUCGCUCCGCGCGCCAGUCUGUGCUCCGGUACAGCACCCUUCCAGGGCGCAGGGCCCUGAAGAACUCCCGCCUGGUGAGCCAGAAGGAUGACGUCCACGUGUGCAUCCUCUGCCUCAGAGCCAUCAUGAACUACCAGUAUGGAUUCAACCUGGUCAUGUCCCAUCCCCACGCCGUCAAUGAAAUUGCACUCAGUCUCAACAACAAGAACCCAAGGACCAAAGCCCUUGUCUUGGAGCUGCUGGCAGCCGUGUGCUUGGUGCGGGGAGGCCAUGAGAUCAUUCUUGCCGCCUUUGACAAUUUCAAAGAGGUGUGCAAGGAGCUGCAUCGCUUUGAGAAGCUGAUGGAGUAUUUCCGGAAUGAGGACAGCAACAUCGACUUCAUGGUGGCCUGCAUGCAGUUCAUCAACAUCGUGGUGCACUCCGUGGAGGACAUGAACUUCCGGGUCCACCUGCAGUAUGAGUUCACCAAGCUGGGGCUGGAGGAGUUCCUGCAGAAGUCAAGGCACACGGAGAGCGAGAAGCUGCAGGUGCAAAUCCAGGCUUACCUGGACAACGUGUUUGACGUGGGUGGCUUGCUGGAGGAUGCCGAGACCAAGAAUGUGGCCCUGGAGAAGGUGGAGGAGCUGGAGGAGCACGUGUCCCACCUCACGGAAAAGCUUCUGGACCUGGAAAACGAGAACAUGAUGCGGGUGGCGGAGUUGGAGAAGCAGCUGCUGCACCGGGAGAAGGAGCUAGAGAGCAUCAAGGAGACGUACGAGAGCACGAGUCACCAGGUGCACACCCUACGGAGGCUCAUCAAAGAGAAGGAAGAGGCCUUCCAGCGCCGGUGCCACCUGGAGCCAGGUGCCCGGGGCCUGGAGUCCUCCGGCUCUGCGGCUCUGGCCAGGGUGGGCCCCCCAGAGCUGAGUGAGGGCAUGCCCUCCAACCUGGACCUCCUGGCUCCAGCCACGCCCUCUGAGGAGACCCUACCCCUGCCCCCACCACCAGCUCCUCCCUUGCCCCCACCACCUCCUCCAUUACCAGACAAGUGUCCCCCAGCCCCACCUCUCCCUGGCGCUGCCCCCUCAGUGGUGCUGACAGUUGGCCUGUCAGCCAUUCGCAUCAAGAAACCCAUCAAGACUAAAUUCCGGCUGCCUGUCUUCAACUGGACAGCACUGAAACCCAACCAGAUCAGUGGCACGGUCUUCAGCGAGCUGGACGACGAGAAGAUCUUGGAGGACCUGGACCUGGACAAAUUUGAAGAACUGUUCAAGACGAAAGCCCAGGGCCCUGCACUUGACCUCAUCUGCUCCAAGAAUAAGACGGCACAAAAGGCCGCCAGCAAGGUGACCCUGCUGGAGGCCAACCGCGCCAAGAACCUGGCCAUCACCCUUCGAAAGGCAGGCCGCUCGGCCGAGGAGAUCUGCAGGGCCAUCCACACGUUCGACCUUCAGACGCUGCCAGUGGACUUCGUGGAGUGCCUGAUGCGCUUCCUGCCCACGGAGGCAGAGGUGAAGCUGCUGCGGCAGUACGAGCGGGAGCGGCAGCCCCUGGAGGAGCUGGCUGCCGAGGACCGCUUCAUGCUGCUCUUCAGCAAGGUGGAGCGACUGACGCAGAGAAUGGCUGGCAUGGCCUUCCUGGGCAACUUCCAGGACAACUUGCAGAUGCUUAUGCCGCAACUCAAUGCCAUCAUCGCAGCCUCGGCCUCCGUCAAGUCCUCGCAGAAGCUGAAGCAGAUGUUGGAGAUUAUCCUCGCGCUAGGAAACUAUAUGAACAGCAGCAAGAGGGGAGCGGUGUACGGCUUCAAGCUCCAGAGCCUGGACCUGCUGCUGGACACCAAGUCCACUGACCGCAAGAUGACGCUGCUGCACUUCAUCGCCCUGACGGUGAAGGAGAAAUACCCGGAGCUGGCCACCUUUUGGCACGAGCUGCACUUUGUGGAGAAGGCUGCGACAGUGUCUCUGGAGAACGUGCUGCUGGACGUGAAGGAGCUGGGUCGGGGCAUGGAGCUGAUUCGCCGGGAGUGCAGCCUGCACGACAACAGUGUCCUCAGGGCCUUCCUCAGCACCAGCGAGGGCAAACUGGACAAACUGCAGCGGGACGCCAAGACAGCAGAGGAGGCCUACAACGCAGUGGUUCGCUACUUUGGGGAGAGUCCUAAGACCACACCUCCCUCUGUGUUCUUCCCAGUGUUCGCCCGCUUCAUCCGCUCUUACAAGGAAGCAGAGCAAGAGAACGAAGCCCGAAAGAAGCAGGAGGAGGUCCUGCGGGAGAAGCAGCUGGCUCAGGAAGCCAAGAAACUGGAUGCCAAGAGCCCGUCCCAGCGGAACAAGUGGCAGCAGCAGGAGCUGAUAGCAGAGCUGAGGCGGCGCCAGGCCAAGGAACAGCGGCCUGUGUAUGAAGGCAAGGACGGGACCAUCGAGGACAUCAUCACAGUGCUGAAGAGCGUCCCCUUCACGGCCCGUACUGCCAAGCGGGGCUCACGCUUCUUCUGCGAUGCAGCCCACCACGAUGAGUCAAACUGUUAACCCCCAAGGCCUCCGCCACCAGCCCAUUGUCGUUCGACUUCAAGCCAGGAGUGUGGUGCCGCCCAGCGGUCCCCCUCGGGCUCCAGGCCCCC